GAAGCAUUGUUUUGUUUUUUUUUUCAACCGAUUAAUCGUUAAUAAUUAAUUAAUUAAUCGGUAAUUAAUCGUUAAUUAAUCGUACACUAAUGGUUGUACAUACACUUAUAAAAAUACAACCGAUAUGUUUACCAGCUAAAAGCGAGUUUUUACCAAAACGGACGUCAAACGUUUCCCACCUUUGUAGCGUGGCAUUCAAAUGUCAAAACGAUCAAACAGGCACCAGCCUGGUGCGUCUUACAUUUCUGGGAAACACGUUCAUUCUUGUUUGAAUCGUGUGGAAGUUAACAGCGUUCUUGGUUUUGGCACGUGCAUUGAGGCUCCGUUAUCGUUUUAAAGUGUUUCCUGAACGACAUUUUGCUCGAGAAUAAUUGCAUCCCUAUAAAAUGUUUCGUGCAAAUGAUAUCGGCAAACCCGAUUCCGUGGGAAAAAAAAUGUUAGAUGAACUGUGGGAGAACAGCCUCGAGCAAUUUAUAACAGCAGAAGGAAUGCACGAGCUUACUAAUGAUCAGUUUUUAACGAUUAUCACUCGCAAAAUGGAGCCUAUUAUACACGACUUGACGUUGCUUUUAAGCACUGAUGUAAAAGACAAGGCUCAAGCCAUUGCCUUUCGUACGAAGGGAAACGAAUAUUUCCAUCCAACAUCGAAAGAGGGACUCGCCAAAGCACUUACAUAUUACAACCUAAGUAUCGCGUACGCCGAGAAAGGUUCGGAGGAGAGGGCGAUAGCCUACGCUAAUCGCUCGAUGGUCUGCCUUCAGUCCGAACGAUACGAGGAAUGUCUGGUGAAUAUUCGCUUGGCACGGGAGUCAAAUUGUCCGGAGCGACUCAUGGAAAAGCUAAAUAGACGAGAAGCUGCCGCUAAAGAUGGUUUAUUGAAACCAAACUCGGAUACUGGUAUUAAGCGGGAAGAUGUAGUCGAGCUUAAAUUAAGCUACAACUCUCAUGAGAAUGUACCGCAAAUGGUCGAAUGUUUGGAGCUGCAUCGUAACGAAGAAUUCGGACGACAUGUGGUGACCACUCGGAAGCUGAAAGCCGGAGAUAUCUUGAUGAUCGAGAAACCAUUUGCGACCAUGCUGUACGAUGAUGUAGGACAUUUGCGAUGUGCUCACUGUCACGAUAUGAAGCAACUUAUUCUUAUUCCUUGUGAAGGCUGUACCGUGGCCAUGUACUGCUCCGAGGAGUGUUUAAGCAAAGCGCACGGACAAUAUCAUCGUUAUGAGUGUGCAAUGCUUAAAGAUUUGUGGCGAAUUUGUGGUGACAAGGACAUGGGAGGUAUGGCAGGAAUACGAACAGUUGCAACUGCAAUUGCUCUGUUUGAUCAUGAUUUGGAUGAAAUGAAGGAUCACCUGAACGGUCUGGACGAAUCGAAGGUGAAUGCAUUUACGAUGGAUUGGAGAACGGCUACGCCUAAGGAUAUAUACGACACGGUGCAUGUGCUGUCCACCAAUCAAGCACUCCGUAGUCGUAAAGAGCAAGCAAUGCAAAUUUUCUUUGCCACCAUCAUUCACCAGCUGAUGCUGAAGCGCACGGAACUGGGAGAAAUCUGCGCAACAAAUGCGGAAAAUCGCAAGCUGUUGUUCGAUUUAAUUCUACGUCAUUGGCAAAUUUCUCAGGUCAACAGCAUUGUAAUCGAAGAGGUGGAACUCGUGGAAGAUAAGUUGGAGGCAUAUAGGUAUAAAUAUGCUUGUCUUUCAUUGAUCAGUAUGCUAAAUCAUUCUUGCGUACCAAAUGUGAUGCAUAUCCCUCUCUAUGAUGGACGUUGUGCCGUCAUGGCUGUCAGACCGAUUGCUGCAGGAGAGCAGCUUUUCGAUUGCUACAGUUUUAUUGCAAAUGAUCGCUGUAAAUCUGACAGAUUGAUACACCUGAAGAAGCAUUAUCAAUUUACUUGUCGAUGCGGUGCAUGUGCGUUGGAAGUCGAAGAUGGCGGUUACGAACUCGAUGAAGAUAUGAAUUUUAGGCGAUAUAUUAGGAACUUCGAUUCACUAUCGGAUGCAGUAUCGUUGAUAAUAUCGCACUUGAAUGCAGCCGGGCGAUGAUUUCCUUCAUACAAAUUAAUCGGACCUCAGCUAAGGUUACCUAUUUUUGUGGGAUUCCAGCAAAGUGCUAUCGCUAUUGCUUUAACCGUAUCAAAAACAAAAUCUCAUCACCAUAAACCGUAAAGAACAAAUUUGCCAACCAUAAUGAAGGGUACAUAAUUUCCAUUACAUUUACGAAUGUUACCACUUUUUCCACUUAAUAUAAUUAACUCUUUUCAAGCUAUCAGCCCUUAUAUGAUAGGCUCCAUAUGUUCAAGGUACAUAUUUCAGUAGAAAACGCACGUUAUUUGGAAUUGAUCAUUUAUCUCAUUUGCAUAAACUUUGUCUUCAAAUAUUGUAAUAAAAUUGCUUCUCGUACUGCAUUAGACACAUGUGCAUUGGUUUGUUUUUUUCUGAAUCAGUUAUGGUUUAAUACGUUGGAAAGAAUAUUACGUGUUUCCAUGCAGCAGGCUUACUAUAGGGAUUUACUACGGACAUCAGCUUGAAUUUCGGCAAAGCAUUCAACAACUGACCUGAUUAAAGG